UCUAUAGCUCCCUCUACCUCUAUAUAAGCUUCUAUAACUUCGUUUAUUUCGAACUUCACAAAGUUUAAACCUUUCACCUUCCUCCAUACUUUCUUCAUCUGGGUUUUGCUUGCUAUAAAAAUCUAGCUAAAAUUUGUCGUUUGCUUUCAGCAAGAGCUUUAGCUUAAUUAUCACCAGGAAUUUAUUUGGCAGUCAUGGAUUAUUCAUCAUGGAUGAUUAACACUUCCUUGGAUCUCAACAUUAAUCCCCACAGGCUUCAUGAAGAACUUCCCAAAAAGGAGGUGGAAAACAACUUUUUGUCAUUGAAUUUGGAGGUGAAGAAAUCUUCUGUAAAACAAGAGUCUGCUGGUGCCUUGGCGGAGGAGCUGAAGCGGGUGAGUGCAGAAAACAAGAAGUUAACCGAAAUGCUCACAGAGAUGUGUGAGAAUUACAACACUUUGCGAGGCAAUUUGAUGGAAUACAUGAGGAAGAAUCCGGAUAAGGAGCACAGCUCAUCAAAGAAAAGGAAGUCUGAAAGCAACAACAAUAGUAUUCCAAUGGGAGUCAACGGAACCUCUGAAAGCAGCUCAACUGAUGAAGAAUCCUGCAAGAAACCAAAGGAAGACAUCAAGACUAAAAUUUCAAGAGUUUAUAUGAGGACAGAAGCAUCUGAUAAAAGCCUUAUUGUGAAAGAUGGAUAUCAAUGGAGGAAAUAUGGACAAAAGGUGACCAGGGAUAACCCUUCUCCAAGAGCAUAUUUCAAGUGCUCUUUUGCUCCAAGCUGCCCGGUCAAAAAGAAGGUGCAAAGAAGUGUGGAUGAUCAAUCUGUUCUGGUUGCAACUUAUGAAGGAGAGCACAAUCAUCCUCACCCUUCUCAAAUGGAGGUAACAACAGGCUCCAACCGUUGUAUGACUCUUGGUUCAGUACCAUGUUCAGCGUCUCUUAGCUCUUCCCCACCAACAGCUACCCUUGACUGGACAAAAUCCAAGUCCAGCAGUGAGUCUAAGAAUACAAGUCCCAAAACCGAAUCACCAGAAGUCCCGCAGGUUUUGGUAGAGCAGAUGGCUACUUCCUUGACCAAGGAUCCUAAUUUCAGAGCAGCACUAGUUGCUGCCAUCUCAGGAAAAAUGUUGCACAAUAAUUAAGUAGAAAAUGAGUGAAGUGUAUUUAACUCAUUCUAUAAGUGGAUCUUGUUUAGAGCAUAGGAUCUCUAUGUAAAUACAACAUAGGACAUUGCUACAUAUAUAUUCCUCAAUUUAAUCAAAUCCUUUUGGUGGGAAUCGAGCUCCACUCAGGAGCGAUAGCAUGUCUAGCUGAUUAUGCAUUGCAGCUCAGUUUUCUCUAUUCUUCUGCCUCUAGAUAGUUAAAAUUAGGUUUCCGGUUAAGUUCUUGCGAAAUUUCUAUAGCAUACAAAAGCAAAGAGAAACUUUGUUUCGAAAAGUGCAACUUUAUUGACAAUACUACAUCGGCCUUGUCAUUUUCGAACUCUCUA